UUAGAGGGCCCCUAGAGGGCACUGUAAACCAGGAAGUGCGUCUACACGGUUGGCAGGGUCAAGGUUUACUUUACACGGAACACAAUUCUCCAAUUUCUCACAUCAGUCAUGGCAACUCAGCCUCUACCAGAGGAGGACCUCUCCUGUCCAGUGUGCUGUGACAUUUUCAAGGACCCUGUUGUCCUGUCAUGCAGUCACAGCUUCUGCGAGGACUGCCUAAAGAAAUACUGGGUAAACAACCACCACAGGCCCUGCCCUGUGUGCAGGAAUCUGUCCUUGACUGACAACCCCCCGGUCAACCUGGCUCUGAGGAACCUGUGCGCGGCCUUCAAAGAGGACACUGAGAGAAGGACUGCAGCGCAGUCGAAGCUCUGCGGUCGUCACGGGGACCAGCUCAAGCUCUUCUGCCUGGAGGAUAAACGUCCGGUGUGUGUGGACUGUCUGACCAGGGAGCACAAGGAUCACAAGUUCUGCUCCUCACAGGAAGCUGUUCAGAUGUACAAGGAUGCUCUGAAGACGACUCUGAAGCCGCUGCGUGAGAGACUGGCAUCAAUGGAAAAGAACAAAGAAACCUGGGACAACACUGGACAACUUUGCAUUAGUCAAGCCAAGUCCACAAAGAGCCUUAUCAAAGAGCAGUUCAACAAACUGCACGUGUUUCUGCAAACGGAAGAGGCCAUUUUUAUUGAUGAGCUGAGGAAGGAGCAGGAAAAGAAAAGUGAAACCAUUAAGAAUAAAAUAGAGGAAAUCACACAAGCAAUCACCUCCAUCUCACAAACCAUCAGCUCCAUCGAGCAGGACAUGCAAGCCGAUGACCUAUCAUUCCUGCAGAACUUCCAAGAGACAGAAAAGAGGACAGAGUGCACAGUAGAAGAUCCAGAAGAUUUAACCGGGGCACUAAUCAAUGUGGCAAAAUAUUUGGGCAACCUUAAGUUCAAUGUUUGGAAGAAGAUGCAGGAUAUUGUUAAAUACACACCCAUAUGUCUGGAUCCAAACACGGCCCACCCCAUGCUUAGAGUAUCUGAUGGGCUCAACACUCUCUCAGCCACUGGGAAGCAGCCUCUUCCAGACAACUCGGAGAGGUUUGACACCUACGUACAGGUGCUAGGCUCCGAAGGCUACACCGCGGGGAAACACGCCUGGGAAGUGGAAGUCGGCAGCAACACAAGCUGGCUUCUGGGCGUCGUGAAAGAGUCAGUGAAGAGAAAAGGGAGGCUUUCGCCCUUAAGCCCUGCCAGUGGCCUCUGGAGCAUCUGGCAUCGCGAUGGCAGCUACAUCGCGGUCACCGCCCCGGAAACCCCGCUGCUGGUGAAGAAGAAGCCCCACAGGGUGAGGGUCGAGCUGGACCUGGACCGAGGGGAGGUGGUGUUCAGUGACCCCGCUGCAAAGGCCACGCUGCACAAAUUCAGACACAAUUUCACAGAGAAAAUGUUUCCCUUGGUGUCCACAGGCACCGACUCCCUGAGAGUUUUACCUCAGAGGAUUUCCAUUUCAGUGGAGUAGAAUUCUUAAAACAAACACUCAGAGUUUGUAUACAUUUAAAGUUUUUAAUGAGUUCAUGAAUAGAGUCAUGUUAGAUACAGAGCAGAAAGUAUUCUGUGCAAUUAUAAGACAGUCCUCAUGGUGUCAGUAAGCUCCCAUCUAAACCAAUGCUUUACUCCCAGGAUUGGAUAGCAGUUAAGAGGUAAUGUUUUGUACAUGACACAGUUGAAGUAAUGUUCUAUGGCGUUUUGUCUUUGUCUACAAACAUCACAUUUAUUUUCCUUAGUCACUCUUAGAUUUAGUUACUGAUAUGUGACGUACAUUAGGCCUAGACUCGAAUUAAUCGUAUAAUAAUUCAGCAACGUUGCAAGAAGUAUUUUCAAAUAAAUACAAUCAAACUGUUAAAUUAAAUAACAAAAUGAAAUAAAAAAAAUUACAUAAAAA